UCGGUGCUGGUGCCGUCACUUCUCUACGGAAGAGAGGAGGAGGGAGAGUAAUGCUUCUGGUAGGACACGUGGGUCGGGCGCGGUCCAGUGUACGGGUCGCGGGGCUUACUAUCGUUAGCUCGGGUCAGGACCUUGCACCGGUGAGGGUGAACCGAAGCGUUCCACUUUACGUCUUAAAAUUUCUGUGUGCCUGACUUCAUUGUUCCCCAAAAUCGGCCGCAGAAAGUCCAAGAAGUGCUGUCAUUUGGUUGCAGACGACAAGGUGUUCAACUACUGUCGUCUGCUUUGGCUGUCGUCUGUCUCCCAAGAGUUCGUUUGCUUCCUUGCCAUGCAUCUGCAGAGCGGGAAGCAACCACGGUCGUGAUGUCAUUGUGAAACCCCCUGUUGUGAUGGUUGUGUUGAGUGUGCGUUUGGAAUCGUUUCACGAGCAUUCGGAGGCCAAGUAGUUUGAAAAAGGAAUUGACGUCAUUCAGGCAAGAUUGUUGUCCGCCCUGGAGUGUGGCACCCCCCCAAAAGUACACGUCUUUAGCCUUGCGAACGACUUGUAAAGUUGUGACAUUCGGAGGAUUUGUAGAACACAGAAUAUCUGCUGUGAAGUAAUAUAAAUUGGUUUACGGGACUGCGGCAUUAUUGACGUCUUUUAGUAGACAAGGUAUUUUGUUCGUAAAAGUGCGUCUCACAAAGGAACUUCUGCUGUUCACCUACGUACGGAUUCUCCAAAGUAAUGCAUAGAUGAGCUUUUCUUCGUGGAUCUUUACGAAUACAGCGGCACUAAAUCCACAAUGCCUACAAACCUUCACACUGAUGGCAGUGCCAGCUUUCUGCGAGCUGCCAGGGCUGGAAACCUCGAGAAGGUCCUGGAAUACCUGAAAGGAAGCAUUGAUAUCAACACAAGCAAUGCGAAUGGAUUGAAUGCCUUGCAUCUGGCUGCUAAAGAGGGACAUGUGAAUGUUGUGAAUGAAUUGCUAAAGCGAGGAGCGAAUGUCAAUGCGGCAACGAAGAAGGGCAACACAGCUCUGCACAUAGCGUCGUUGGCAGGCCAGGAAGAGGUGGUGAAGAUUCUGGUGGCGAAGCAGGCCAACGUGAAUGUGCAGUCGCAAAAUGGCUUCACUCCGCUGUAUAUGGCGGCCCAGGAGAACCACGACAAUGUCGUGCGGUUCCUCCUCGCCAACGGCGCCAAUCAGAGCCUCGCCACUGAGGAUGGGUUUACCCCCCUAGCGGUAGCCCUCCAGCAGGGCCAUGACCGCGUAGUGGCGGUGUUGCUGGAAAAUGAUGCCAAAGGCAAAGUACGGUUGCCUGCGCUUCACAUUGCAGCCAAAAAGGAUGACUGCAAAGCAGCUUCAUUGCUCCUGCACAGCGAGCACAACCCAGACGUCACAUCAAAGAGUGGCUUCACCCCCUUGCACAUAGCUGCACAUUAUGGCAAUAGCAAUAUUGCCUCCCUCCUCCUUGACAAGGGAGCUGACGUCAAUUUCCCAGCCAAGCACCAAAUUACUCCUCUUCACGUUGCUGCCAAGUGGGGCAAGAUCAAUAUGGUGAAAUUAUUGCUGGAGAAAGGUGCCAAGUUGGAUGCAUCAACCAGAGACGGCUUGACGCCGCUCCACUGCGCUGCUCGUAGUGGACACGACCAAGUGGUGGAACUGCUGCUGGAGAGGAAUGCACCAAUUACAGCGAAAACCAAAAAUGGUCUGGCUCCACUGCACAUGGCGUCCCAGGGCGAUCAUGUUGACAGCGCUCGCAUUCUCCUCUACCACAAAGCUCCUGUUGACGACGUCACUGUCGACUACUUGACGGCGUUGCAUGUGGCGGCGCACUGUGGCCAUGUUGGAGUGGCCAAGCUGCUCCUGGAUCGUAGGGCCGAGCCCAAUGCCAGAGCCCUCAAUGGGUUCACUCCACUCCACAUUGCCUGCAAAAAGAACCGCAUUAAGGUCGUCGAACUCCUCCUCAAGCAAGGGGCUUCCAUUGAAGCAACCACUGAGUCUGGUCUGACCCCUCUGCAUGUGGCAUCGUUCAUGGGCUGCAUGAACAUUGUCAUCUACCUUCUGCAACAUGGGGCCAACCCGGACAUCCCAACCGUGAGAGGAGAGACCCCACUUCACCUCGCUGCACGCGCCAACCAGACGGAUAUAAUUCGCAUCCUGCUGCGCAAUGGAGCACACGUUGAUGCCAAAGCUCGGGAGUUGCAAACAGCUCUUCACAUUGGGGCCCGUUUGGGCAAUGCAGACAUGGUGGGACUGCUGCUGCAGCAUGGUGCUGCUGUGGAUGCCCCCACUAAGGAUCAAUACACACCACUCCAUGUCGCAGCGCGGGAGGGGCAAGACGAGGUGGCAGCACUACUUCUCGAUCACGGGGCUUCACUUUCAGCUUCCACUAAGAAAGGCUUUACACCUUUACACCUUGCUGCUAAGCACGGGAACAUCAAGGUUGCCAGACUGCUCUUGCAGAAAGAUGCACCUGUUGACGCACAAGGAAAGAAUGGUGUUACGCCCCUUCAUGUUGCUGCGCACUACGACCACGUGAACGUGGCCCUCCUGCUUCUGGAAAAAGGAGCGUCGCCUCACGCUGCAGCCCGCAAUGGCUACACACCCUUACACGUGGCUGCACGCAAGGACCAGAUGGACAUUGCCUCCACCCUGCUUGAAUAUGGGGCCAAGCCCAAUGCAGAGUCCAGAGCAGGGUUCACGCCACUGCAUCUUGCUGCACAAGAAGGCCAUGCGGAUGUCGCUACGCUACUUGUCGAGCAUGGAGCACAGUGCGAUGCUAAGGCCAAGAACGGACUGACUCCGCUCCAUCUUUGCGCACAAGAGGACCGUGUGAAUGUGGCUGCUGUCCUGGCCAAGCACGGUGCCCAGAUAGACCCAAACACCAAGGCUGGGUACACACCCCUGCACGUUGCCUGCCAUUUUGGCCAAAUCAACAUGAUCAGAUUCCUUCUUCAACAUGGAUCCAAUGUUAAUGCGACCACAGCUCAUGGCUAUACACCCCUUCAUCAAGCUGCCCAGCAGGGGCACACCCUUAUCAUCAACCUCCUCUUGGAGCACCGGGCUUCACCUAAUGCAACAACCAACCAAGGGCAGACAGCCCUGUCUAUUGCCCAGCGGCUGGGUUACAUCUCAGUAGUGGAGACCUUGAAGGUCGUUACGGAGACCAUAGUCACCACAACCACUACCACGGUGACUGAAGAGAAGUACAAAGUGGUCGCUCCCGAAACAAUGCAUGAGACCUUCAUGAGUGACUCUGAGGAUGAAGCUGACGAUGAGCAUGACAUGGGUGUUGUCUCCACAAAGCUGUGCCUCUCAAAUGUGAAGGCUCUAAAGUCUCACACCACGGAUGACAACAUGCUGGGAGACCAGUCAUUCCGCUACCUGACAGCUGACGAGAUGAAGUCGCUUGGUGACGACUCUCUGCCAAUUGAUGUAACUCGGGAUGAGCGGCUCAUCGAAUCUGUCAACGUCACACGCGAGGCUGGCCAAAUCGCUCCACUGACUCAAGAGGAAGAACGCCUUUCACCAACGCAUGCCCACCAGACAGAAGCUGUGUUUGUCGGCAACUACGCCCCUGACAACAUUGACAUUUCUCGAACCCCUGUCCAUGCUGGCUCCCUCCUUAGUUGGGAUGGGACUGGGUCCUGCUCCUCCUCUUUUGUCCUGACACCCAGCAAGCGCAUGUGGCGCGAAAGUAGCAAGCUAAGAUGGAAGACGUUCUUGGUGAGCUUUUUGGUGGAUGCACGAGGAGGCGCCAUGCGUGGCUGUCGCCACUCGGGAGUUCGUGUCAUCAUCCCUCCGCGCAAGGCUCCAGGUCCCAUGCGCAUCACCUGCCGCUACCUGCGCAAAGAAAAACUGCCUCAUCCGCCGCCUCUUCUGGAGGGUGAAGCUUGUGCCUCCAGAAUUCUGGAAGUGGGUCCAGCAGGAGCAAAGUUUCUUGGCCCUGUCAUCAUUGAGGUUCCACACUUUGCAUCCCUUCGGGGCAAGGAACGAGAGAUCACUAUCUUGCGAAGCGACAACGGUGAGACCUGGAAAGAGCACACCUUGGAGGCAUCCGAAGAAGCUGUCCAGGAGGUACUCAAUGAGAGCUUUGAAGGAGAGGAACUGACAGCUCUGGAGGACCUCCACACGAACCGCAUUACUCGUAUCCUCACAACAGACUUCCCCCAGUACUUUGCCGUUGUGACACGCAGCCGACAAGAAGUGCACGCCAUUGGCCCCGAGGGCGGCCUGGUCAGCUCGACUGUCGUCCCUCAAGUGCAGGCCAUAUUCCCCGAAGGCGCCCUCACCAAGAAGAUUCGCGUGGGACUACAGGCCCAACCAAUCCACUCUGACCUGGUGACCAAGCUGUUGGGCAACCGUGUGGCCGUCAGCCCGAUCGUCACUGUGGAACCUCGACGGCGCAAGUUCCACAAACCCAUCACACUCACUAUCCCCGUACCACAGGCGGCCACCAAGGGCAUGAUCAACCAGUACAGUGGCGAUGCUCCCACACUGAGACUCCUCUGCAGCAUUACAGGAGGAGUUAAUAAAGCCCAAUGGGAGGAUGUCACAGGAUCUACACCACUGACGUUUGUGAAUGAUUGUGUUUCCUUUACAACUACGGUCUCGGCAAGGUUCUGGCUCAUGGAUUGCCGGCAAGUGAACGAAGCAACUCGCUUUGCAACAGAGCUGUACGCCGAGGCAAUCCACGUGCCGUUCAUGGCCAAGUUUGUGGUGUUCUCCAAACGCCACGAUCCCCAGGAAGCCCAACUGCGCGUAUUCUGUAUGACGGACGACAAGGAGGACAAGACACUUGAGACCCAGGAGCAUUUCACAGAAGUGGCAAAGAGCAGAGACGUGGAGGUUCUGGAGAACAAACCCCAAUACCUGGAGUUUGCCGGAAACCUCAUCCCAGUUACCAAGUCCGGGGAGCAACUGAGCUUGACGUUCCAGGCGUUCCGGGAAAACCGGGUACCAUUCAACGUGCGCGUCAAAGAUCUCCACCAGGAAGCGCUUGGCCGAGUAGCCUUCAUGAAGGAACCUCGUGGAUCACGCACAGAUCCUCCUCAGACACCAAUCUGCAACCUUAACAUUGCUUUACCUGAGUUUGAAGCCUCAAGAGCAGUGUCCGAGCUCGUCACGCUGGAGAAGAAGUAUGGCUUUGUGGAGGAGACUGGCCUUGCGAAGCCAGAGCUGAUCCACAGAGCAGACCUUCGCCUGUCGGACAUAGCGCGAGAGUUGGGCAAGGACUGGGAACCUUUAGGCCAACAGCUGGACAUUCCGGAAGCAGACAUCCAUUCAAUCCGAGCCGAGUGCCCCGGAGACCUGGCCCAGCAGGCCCUGCUUGUGCUGCGACUCUGGAUGCAGAGAGCCGGCCCCAGGGCUACAGGGAACAAUUUGGAGAAGGGCCUCAGAAGAAUCAACCGAGAAGACAUUGUGAACAAGUGCAUGUUCAAUGUUGAACUGGUUACGGACGACGUUGAGAAGGCCGUAGCUAAAGUGCACCUUGACCAAUCAGGGUUUGACACCUUCCGAGAAGAACUUGGGACUUCACGGAAUGCGUCGCUCAAACGAGACACCUCACUGAAUGCCUCCUAUGAUGAGCCUGACCUGAUGAAGGAGGCUGAAUCGGCAGAAGAGACAAGCAGUGAGACUGGCUCUGUUCAUGAAAAGCAUGGUUCCUCUGAGGCUAAGGCUCGUAAGCUCAAGAAGUCGGACACCAGGCCCAGAACGCCAUCUCCCGACACAACGCAAGUCACCGUUAUAAAACGGAGCUCGAAGGAAGGCACUCCAACCAUCGCACUCGAAGAGAGCUUUGACGAUCCUCGAAUGGAGAACCAUGUCCUUCCCAGUGAAAGGACAGUAAUUACGGAUCCUACCUUUGUUGUGAUGAAAGAAUUAAAAGAACCUCCAGAGGCAUCGCGCGUGCCUGGGCACGAUGACCUGAUCACGCAGGGUGAGCUAGAUGAGCUCGUCGAGGGCGUACUCUAUCCCGAAGCUAAGGGGACGGAGAAGAAGCAGAUUGGUCCAGUUAUCGUGGAAGAGCGAGAACUGUCGGAUGCUCCAGACUCCAUCGUGAAGGUGGUAUCCGUCACAAAGCGCACCGUCACCCAGCUCCCGGUCACGGAAGAAGUGCCCGUUCAGCAAGUCGGAAGCCGACUUCCAGGGAUCAUGGAAGGAAAAGAACAGCCAGAUGUUGUGUCCACUGUUGUGACGGAGGUUGAAUAUAAGAGUGGUCCGGAAGCAGCGGGGAUUGUGUCCUUCCCCACAGAAACGCAAGAGAGAUUAACGCAUCCUGGCACACUUCUUCCAGCUGACACAUCGGACGUUCGUCAAGGUGACGUCGUGAUCACCACAGACCCAGAAAUGAUGCGUACGGUGACGACGACCGUAGAACGCUUUGAAGGCGAACCACAAGAACUUGGAACCACGUAUAUCCUGAGCGAACUCCCCGAUGAUCAAACUGAAGGUACCACUCGGGUCGUCCGAACGGUAACGCGAGAGGUUAAAGGCGAACCCUCGGAAGAGUCUGUCAUUACGGUGCAGACGACAACCACAACGUCUGCGUCUGCUCCGGGCAAGCAGCCGGAGCUCUCUGCUAACCUUCUCGACGAGAUGUUUAAGGACACCGGCAAAGAAAGCCCUUACGGCCGGAUCUUGAAGGCAGACGAAGUGGCUAAAUUGAAGUCCAAGCCUGGAAUGAAGAAGGAAGACCUGGAAUUACUGGAUCAGCUGUUCCCAGAUCAGGGACCAUCGAAGACAGCAUAUCCUCCAGAGGGCCUUGUGCCUGAGAAUGUCAUAAUCCCAGAAUAUCGCACAUUCGUGAUGGCAGAGGAACCAAAGAAGCCGAUGUCGCCCAAGAAGAAGGAACGUGUUCUCGAGAAGAUUGGCCGAGCUCUCAGUCACGAUGAACAGGAGGGUCGACAGAGGCCACGUUUAGUGAGGGCUGCAACAGUGGAUUCAGCGACACUAGAAGAAUCUCAUAAGGAAGAAGUACAGGAACCCCCGAUAGCAAUGCAGAAAGUUGAGCAAAGUGAAGCCAAACCCACAGUAUUGCCAGCAGUUGCAGAGUCCACAACCCCAGAGGCAGCUCCUAUGGAAGACGAACCAUUGACCAAGUCAACGGAAUUCAGGACCUUGCCAUCAGACGACGCCAUCGUGACAAAGACAACAACGCAGUUCCAGGACGUUCUUGAUGAUGGCACGGUCAAGCAUACCGUAACGACAGUUACAAGGACGACCAUCAUCCAGGAAGUGGACGAAGGCGCACCUCAGGCCGAGAUUCCCUCUGCUCCCCCUGCUGCGGAUGUCCUGCAGCAGCCUGGAGCCAAGCCAGGAGAAUCUGAGACUUGGGCUUCUGACCUGGACACCAGCCAGGUUUCCGUGUCUAGCCUGCCCGAAGACGAAAAAACUGAGCCCACUGCCACCCUGUCAAGUGCCACCACCACUGCCGAGGGUGCUUCAAGUUCGGAGCCCGGUGUUCAGACCCAGGUUGAAGAGAAAGAGUGGACGGAGACAGAUCCUGACUCUGGUGAUGUCCGUCGUGUGGUUUGCAAGACUACCCACACAUCUGUGUCCUCGGCAAAGCCGACUGAGAGUCAACAAAGCAAGGACAAAGCCAGUGAUGCCGAUACGCAGCAAGCGUCAGACGAAGAAGAGUCGUUGACGUUUGUUCAAAAAAGGGAAUUUUUUGAGAAGUUGUCCGAGCUGUCCCCUCCCAAAGACUCCAGACCUCGCCUGAGUAGCACGCCCUCGCUGGAUACCACGCUAACGCGACCAGUUGCAACGCAGAGGCCGCGGCCACGCUCGGAAAGCCUCACCAGCCAAGGGGAGAUUGUGGAAGAAAGCAUUGUCUUCUCCGAGAGGCUCAAGAAGUUCCAGCAAAACGAGGGUGCGCUGCCUGAGCAGGACGUCUUUGAAGGCUUUGAGCAGGCCGAGUGCCAACUGCGAAAGGUCCGUGAGGAAUUAGAAGCGGACGUUCUGAAGGAGGCUGCAUCCGAUUCGAGAACAAGGCUGUUGGAAGGCACCAGCAAACUAGCAUUUGGGCAGGCAGACUCUCGGCCAAAACCUCCGUCAGAAAUCGUAGGAAGCAAGACGGAACUGAAACUGCUUGUGCGGACCAGUGAACCUGGUAAGGAGGCGUUGGACAUGAGGUUAACCGAGUACAUGGACACCGAAGGUCGGCACGAAGAACAGCAACAGUUUGCUCGUGUUCUUGUGCGGUCGCACGAUACGGAAGGAGACGCCUAUCAGCCAAAACGGGAUGAUGCUCCGUCAUUACGAGCAUCCGCAAGCCCCAUUGCAUCUUCGCCAAUGCAGCCCCGUGAUUUUGGUGAUGUCCCUCGUGAUUUCGGCGCUCCGGACAGCCAGGUAGAUCGCAUGGAAAGUGGGAGCGGGCUACCAUUAGGAAUAAGCUCUGGCGAUGUUUACAGUACGUGCCCACUUUCCGAACCUGCCCCGGGCUCUGUUUCCGAGCAACUUCCUGGUGAUGAUGACUUUGGUGAAGGUUUGAAACAGAAAGCUCAGUUUAAGAUGAGUGAACCCGGUAGAACAGCAGGGCCCACAGCCACCCUUGUCACUUCUGCCAACAUCCUACAACCUCACUUAGCUGAUGUUUUAUCUGACAAGCAACCGCAGACGCUAGACAUCACGGAACACACAGAGUCCUCCAGCAUUCUAGAAAGAUGUAUCGAAGUGUCAAAGGGGGACAUGGGCAUUUCCUCUGUGGGGAAGUCCCUUAUGAAAUCUGAUUUUGUUGAAAUUCAAGACCAGCUCACUUCUGCAUUUGGUGAGGAAGUAUUGGUGAAUGAACCUGAACGGGGUGCCAAGCAGGACGUACCAAGAGGUCUAUUUGAAGCAUUGGAUGUAACGGAACCUUCAUUCUCCACUAGAAAGCUUGAGGAAGGCACAGCAGUGCCAAAACAUGCUGUUGAAGAACAUGUGAGUGCCUCGGAAACUGUGGAAGAAAGGUUGCACUACGCACCAGCAGUUGGUCAUGAUGUUACUACUACUGGUGAAGUAGAUGUUGAAGAGCCUCUUGCAAGACCAUCAAAUCUUGUGGAACAGCUAACUGAGUUAGCUGAGGAUACAGGUGCUGACGGGGAGCCUGCAAAAUCUGAAUGCUUUGAAUCAGCGUUUGACGAGUCUGAAAAUAUAUCUUUCUCGUCCAUGGACGAAGGUGGCACGUAUGACAUUCAAGAUAACGUGGAAGAACUUGAAGGGUAUACUGGUAUGCCUGCAUCUGUCUGUGAAGAAUCAACUAAGAUCAUAGUAGAAUCACCCGCGACAAGUGUAAAAGAUCUGGACGACGAAACAGUGCUUUCUGCAAGAAAAUCACCAGUCAUAACUGAGGUUCCGUAUUCAGCGGAUGAAGACGCUGUGUCGAGCACCAUUGAUGAGGGUGCAUCUUCUCCUGCUAUUGAAGAGCCCUUUGAAGGGAAGCUCAGCAUGGAGAGGGAGGAUCACGAAUACGUAGACACGAAAGAUUUCACAGAGGAAACAAAGGUGAAGGUAGCCGGUGUUUUAAAGUCAGAGAUGACAGACAGCGGGAAAGAGGAAUCUUUACAAGACGAACUUAAUUUUGUACACAAGCUGGAAGAAGGGCUUGGCUUCUCUCUCUCUUCUACGGAUGAGGAGAGAGCCGCACUCAAAGAAUGCAAGGUGGAAGUUGAGAAACUCAAGAUGGGUCACUGGAUGCAACAAGAACAGGAUGAGGACACUGCGUUGUGCGCCGUUGACGAGGGUGCAUCUUCUCCUGCUACUGAAGAGCCCUUUGAAAGGAAGCUCUGCAUGCAGAGGGAGGAUCACGAAUAUGUAGACACGAAAGACUUCACAGAGGAAACAAAGCUGGCUGGUGUUUCAAAAUCAGACAUGACAGACAGUGGGAAAGAGGAAUCUUUGCAAGACGAACUUAAUUUUGUACAUAAGCUGGAAGAAGGGCUUGGCUUCUCCCUAUCUUCUAGGAAUGAGGAGAAAACAGCACUCAAGGAAAGUAAGGUGCAACUUGAAAAGCUUGAGAUGAGUCACCGGAUGCAGCAAGAACAGGUGGUAGAAGAACCUGUCACUCCAAACAUAAUUCCGUCACCCGCCGUUGAUUUCGAGGCUCACCUACUUCCAGAACAGGUCAAAGAUGUACAUUCGUCGAUUGUCAAUGUUCUUGACGAAAUGAUUGUUAGCCCGGUACUCUCUGACCGAAGCUCUGAAAUCCAAGGUAUGAUGGGAAGGGAAUCAAGCUCACCCGAGAUUGAGCCAGAAAUUAGAUGUGACUCCACGCCACCAAGAGAGCCGAUGUCUUCACGCGAUUAUCAAAGAGAAUCUUCGUUCAGCAGUGAGAAAGCUGGUUUCCAGGAUGAAGCUGCAACUGUAGAAAUUGCACGAUUCUUGGUUGAAGAAGUGCAGAGAAAGGCGGAAGACGUCGUGUCCAGCAUGAUGCCGCCCGCCGAAGUGUGGUCUGUCUCGGGAAAGCAGCGCAGGAUGAGUGAGGACGUUGAGGAGGACAGGCAGGAACUUGCAGUUGCUGCAUUGGAGUGGGAAGAACGGCUCGAAAAAGCCGAAGAACACUUGCACUCAUUAGCUCAGAUUGCCGACAGGAGCCUUGCUGCACAGACAGCACUGGAACAGGAAGUUGAGGCGCUUAAAGAGAAGGGCAUUUAUGACCAUGCUAAGUUUGGCGACACAGAUGGUUUGGGGACUUCGUAUCGUGGCCCUGCUCACUUGCACCAUGAUGAACGCAUUGAAGAUACAUUACAUGCCCCAUGUUAUGACACUAUGGAUGUCUCACCUGGCGACGAGUUUCCCCAGUCUUCUAUACACGACCUACCGAGUCAGUACAUAAGCCACGACAGGUAUGUAGAAAACGAUGAAUUUGUCAGGGACGAAUUGGAGACGGAGAAGGCCGCAGAGGCAUUAGCAAGUCCAGAAACUAGCACAGGCCCUGUUGAAAAAGAAGGAACUGAUAAAAGAGAAGCACCAGUUAAGCAACAAGAAAAAUAUGCCAUGGAUCUGCGUGAAACGGCAGUCCUGCAACACGUGCUGCAUGGUGAGAAGAUGACACCUGACAGUGAGAACUUUGAAUCGUCAGGUUAUGAGUCGCUAGGAACAAUAGGCUCUCCCUUCAAGACCCUUGACAAGAGCAAAGCAUGUCCAGAAAAGCCACCUACAGAGAAACAUGUUCAGGCUGAAGACGAUGUUACAGCGGAUGUGCCUGGAACGAACACGUACCAGGUUGAAGAAGGCACUUCCAAGGUCAUUGAAAUUCUGAAGCCAAGGGAAAAAGUAGCGUUUGAUCUACCAGAGUCAUCUGAUGACGAGUUUGAUAAAGACAUAAAUCGUUACAAGGAAGUUGAACUUGCUGUUCCUCUGCAGCAGAUGUCAUCUUUAGAAGAUGACUAUGAAGGUAGCUUCUCUAGUGGAGACCUUCAAGCAGAAAAGAUAGCAGAGUUCCUAACUACUGAUACUACUGGCUCUCAUCCAGUCAAUUUUCCUCAAGUGUUCCAAGACAACGUUCACGCUGAGGAAAUAGCUUCCACCUAUUGCCUGCACGAGCCAUCUGCACUAAGUAGCACAGUGAGUGACACACCCUUACCCGGCCCAGUUGCACACGAGGUGCCUGUUGAACACCAUACCAGAACAUCACCCGCAAAGCGUGUGGGAUUUUCUAUGGAUGGUGAAAGAACAGUUGUGGCUUCGCAUAGGGGCAGGGAGCUUGAUAGUUUGAGCCGAGAAACUGCCACCUGCAUUGUGGAUGAGGUGGUUCAUAUUGCAACCAGCAUAGUGGAAUCGAUGCAAGAAUCGGAGCUGGAAAGGUCAGGAGGGCACGACGACCACAGCACAUCCAUCCUCUGCCAGUCAGAGGAACUCGUAAAAGAUGCAGCUACUGUGUCGUCAGUGGAUAGAACGCCUCUGACCAUUGGUAGCAAAAUACCUGAUGUUUCGUUGUCAAUGGUAGCAGAGAAAGUAUCGCCUUUGGACAUGCCAGAGACAGAAGGCAUUUGUGAAGUGGAGUCCAGGAGCAUGGUUAGUCCACUCGCUCAGGCGGCAAUGGUGCAGAGUGCUUCCGAAACGAGCUUUACGGCCAGCAUGGCGCCCGAAGGACCACCUGCUGUUGGUGUGAAAGAAAUUUAUGAACUGUUUAAAGAGACUGAGGAGCCUAAAGAGAGGAUGCAUUACAUGGUGGAGCUUGGUGACAUUCCCUACGUCCACACUGAUGUACUGGAAGAGGACGAUCAGAAACGGCGCAGUUCCCCCACCGCAGAGUCCUUGGACGACCAGGCUCAAAUUGAGAAGUGCAGCAAAGAAGUUAUGAUGCAGCUCCUGGAUGGGUUCUCGCAGAGCGACAUAGAGCUGGCAGAAGUACGAACCGAGGACGAGGCGCCAGAUAUUGAAGACGACAUGCUGUCCCCGGAGGGGUCGGCGGAAGAGAGGUCGGCGCCUUCGUCGAGGGAGGGUGCGAAGGUAGGUGCUGGAGCAAGCGAAAGCACUGGCAGUGGCUCGUCACUCCAGUCGCACCGCGAGGUGCCCGGAACGACUGCGUUAGAACCUUCGUAUGGUGGAGCAACAGAAUUUCAGCCUCAGUCAUCAAUGGAAGUAGAAAUUGGAAGUCAGACCAGCGGAGCACCGCCUGGUCUGUCCGAGUUUGAAUCGGAACUUGGCACUGAGGAUGUUGCCGAUGCCCAGAAGGAUGGUGCAGGGACAAAUGCAUCAUUGAAGGAGGAGACCGAAUCUGCAGUACAACAGGGGAGUGAAGAGAAGCUGGGUUCAGCAGAACGUGGUGAAAGCUGGAAACCUGCAGAGAAGGCUGAGACCCCUGAGCAGACCACUGCUCAGCCCGCUGCAAGUCCCGAUAAUGUCCCUAGUUUCGACAGAAAUCUCUGUCGGCCAGAGAAACGUUCCCCUUUACUCGAAGCUUCACCCCCUGAGGAAACAGACUAUAACAUGGAGCAGGAGAUAUCCCCCGCUAAAGAGUACCCUGACUAUCUGACUCCCGACAUGCAGGUCAGUGUCGGUGUGUCGCCCACGGAGGGUUUUCCCCCUUGCGAGAGAAAGUAUUCGGGUGGCGACAGCUCGGAAAAAUCACCGCUGCCCGCUCAAAAGAAUGACGAUGUGUUUGUUCCAUCCUCUGAGAAAGUGCCAUCCACCGUGGAAGCCCAUGGCUUUGGCGCAAGAUAUUCAGAAUCCUCCUUAGAAUCGUCCGCGGACGUGGAUUCGCCAAAGAUUCCGCUUUCAGAACCCGUAAUGGCUUUCGAAAACGUUGCGUUUGCUGGGGAGGACAUCAUCGAUGCCUCUUCCGAACCACCAGACGAACUGACUAGCCCGUGUGGCACUCGUAGCCCCUACGAAGUUGUUCGGGAAACAGCUUCUGAGGCCUCUGUGGCAGCACUCAUCAAACACUCUGAAGAAAAGCUACAGGAAGAAGUCUGUGCCCAAAUGAAACAAAAGUUACUGGUCUCUGCACCAGACGAGCCACCUAGCAUGCACAUGACAGGUGUGACAAUAACGCAGCAUGUGGUAACGGAAAUAUAUACGGAAGACGUGGGGGGACCACCCGUUGACAAGAGCCCUGCAGAGAUCAAAGAGACCCUGAAGGAACUGUUUCCUGGAGGGACAGACUAUCUGACGGCAGGGUUGAAUGUGACGGGUAUCAUUAGGUCCCCUAUUUCUCACAAAGGAAAUAGUGAUGAUGAAGAUGGGGAAGAAGAGGAGUGGGCAGACAGAGUGUUGUCAAAGAUCAAGGACAGACCAGUUCCACCCACACCGCCUGCAUCACCUCGCACGGUUCAGAGUGCAGUUGAAGUCAAAGAGCAGGUUACUUGGGAAGCUCCAGUUGAGGAGCACAUUGAAGAAACGGUUGAAGAAGUGAAAGAGAUACCAGCUGAAGAGCAGGUUAUAAUAGAGCAUGACGAGGACAUUUGCAAGGACAGCAGCAGCACUCAAGAGGAGACGACAGAUAGAGAUGCCUCCUACGAAGAGUCAGGCGUACAGCAGGAGGCUACUGGCAAAGACGAGGUACGGCCACAUCAUAAGAGGCCUGUUUUAGAACAUAUUCCAUCCGAAAUAUCAGAUGAAGACCUGGUGGAGAGAGAGCAGUCACCGACAGGCCAUCCUCCAGACACCUGUCGUGAAUGGAAGGACGACUUUUCAUCACGGAGAGACUCUUCACCUGAUAGUGACAGUGAUAAGGGUGGAGGUGGUGCUGUUGCUCAUGGUGGACUGCCUUCAAGCACAGCUGUUUUAGUACAGUCCACAACUGGUCGUGAUGAGGAAAAGCCUAGUUGUUCCACGGAUAAACAGGACAAAACACAAGCCGCUGAAAGUGAAGCUGCAGAUGAGGGUUUCUUAACUGCUACUCUAGCCAAGGAGGUCUUGAGUACUGUAAAUGAAUUUUCAACCGAUCUGAGAAAGGACAAUGUGAAAGAUAUGUCCAGGAUCCGAGAUGAUAGUUCUGCUAGUGUUGGUAAAAUAUCACCAUCAGAACAGUUGUCAUCACCUCCUGAAAAAAAAAGUGAUAGUGACAGUGGUAAGGCGGAUGCUCCUCUAGUUAUAUUAAGAAACAAAACCAAGGUGACGAGAAAGACAGAAAAGAGAACAUCACGUGACCUUGACACACAGUCAGGUUCAGAAACUGAUCAGAGCCACUACUACUCAUUUGAGUUGACAUCAGACUCUGGCAAGACGCCAAGUCGCCCAACGUCUUCGGAAUUUGAUAUCAAUGUCCUGAGUGGCCAUGCAUCUUCAGAAUAUGAUACCUGUGUCACAUCCCAAGAUGCUUCCUAUGCUACAGCACCCACAUCCUCUCAAGAAGUGUCCUAUGCAACUGCCAGGUCUUCCCUUAGUGGAAGUUCGCGAGAAUCGGCAUACUCAGUAGACUCCGAGAGCUCCGGCCACUUGGGGAGCCUAGAAGCCUCUGAGGCCAGUGACACCAUAGUAGCAUCAGCGCACGAAGACCUGGAAUCUGAUAAUGAGUCACAGAUGUCGAGCUCUAUCUUGAGGGAGCCUUAUGACGGUAGCAUUUCAGAGUCUGUUAUUAGGAGCGGAGUGGAGGUGCCAUUUUUACCAAACUGGCAGACCAGCAGCAGCAGUGUCUCGCCAGGGCAACACACGUCUUAUGCACACAGGUUCCAUCAGAUGCCGGGAGAGAUGACUGGUGAUGGGUCGUCCAGCCCGUUCGAGAUGAUCUUGCAGGAGUGUGUCGGCGAGUACUCGAGCACUGCCGUUACCAGAUCAUUGGAGUUGCAGCAAGAUGUCCAUGGUGACACUGGUAGUACAACCCUGGAAAGGGGAACGGAGGAUCAGAUGGUCCGCGGUGACAUUUUGAAUGGAGCAGCGGGCACAUCAGACGUGACGCGUCACACACGUGACGACCGCAUGGCUAUGAGUCACGAGGAGGAACCGCUGUCGAUCUCUGAAAGCUCGGCCACUCAAAGUGAGCUUACUUGGCAGACGAGUGUCGAGACAACCGUGGAUAUGGGGCAAGCGCGUCGGUCCUCCUGCGAUGCCGACCGGUACCAGAGACAAUCCACCAUGGCUGACUCGGCUACAUAUUCCCUACCUCGCGAUGAAGCUGUAGUAGUUGGGGACCUGGCAGACCUUCAGGCAGAAUUGGAUGACGUUGCGGACGACGAUGCGACUCCUCCAUUUUCUGAAAUAAAUGGCCCCGUAGAGGUAGAUUACGUUCCUGAAUACGACGAUCCUUACGCGGUCAGACAGAGGGAAAGGCUUCAGCAACAGGGACAGCACAGGGCAGAAGGGGAUGUCCAAGAGCAGCAGGAGGUAUUAGCAGGUCACGAUGUCCAAGUCCACCAGGAGCAGCACGAGAGUGAUGCGGAAGCGGCGGAGCGCACACAGGAUGAUGAUGAACAGGACCAGGGGCUAGAAGAAGGUUACUACACUGAGACGUUUGAAUCAAACUUGUCCACAGAAGAAGUUGAAGGUGCCAUGAGUAGAGAAUUCCUUAUUGGCUCAAAACUCUUGUUGGAUCGUCCUGAAUCUGAAGUCGAUAUCAUUCUUCCAGGGGCAAAAGAUUCGAGCUAUGACGAAUGUCUCGCACAAGACAUUGAUUUACUAGAACGGCCAAUGACACCAGAACCACCUGAAGAGAUUCAUGUGUCAGAAGGUGGAGAAGCAAAGGGUGAGGCAGCAUCUAGUUUCACAAUCGAGCCAAAGGACAGCUUGCUUACAAAGCAGGGAAGCAGUGACACGUCUCCACCUAUUAGCGAAUCCUUCGAGUUCGUGGAGAAAGCUGAUGUCAUGAGCAUUCCCACUGAAGGUGAACAUUUUGAAAUGGUUCCAGGACUGCACACUGAAUCCCAGCUUGCUUUUCUGGUGAAGGAGAUGGAAGUUAAAGGUCACGAGCACGCUGUUAGUCCAUCAGGAGAAGUUGAAUAUUCCAGCAAGUGUGAAGAAUAUGUCACCCAUUUGCAUCAGACUUACGACACAAGUCCCCCAAAAGAUACAGAGAAUGAAUUUAUUUGUGAGCAGGCCAUGGAUGUUGAAAAUGCAAGACUUAUCGAAGACAAGCUCACCGAUGACAGCAGCCAGCAAGAUCAAGAUUUUCCGUUUGACCUCUCUUACCAGCAUGACUACAGUGAUCAAGAAAGGGGUGAUUUUGGAGAGCUCUAUACCCACCAGGAGGUUGAGGAAGAAAACUACGACGAUGAACGGGCUCGACUUCGCUCUAAGCGGCUGAGUCCAGUUUCUGAUGAGAGAGGAUCCACACCAGAUUACGAUACACUGGCAGGUCGCAAGACUUUCUGCAGAGGGAGCGAGAAGGAUGAUGCAUCGACAUCAUCUCUUCAAGAGUUUGAGCGUCUUGAGGCUGAAAUGGCUGCGGGUAAGUCGUCCAGUGUCGGAUCUAGCGACUCGUUCAGUGGACGACAUUUUAAUGCCAAAAGCGGCAGCGAGCAGGACAGUGUGUCCGUUAACUCUCUGACAGAGUUCGAGAAGUUAGAAAAAGACAUAGUUGAAGCCGAAAAUGUAGAUGGACGCGUACGUUCCGAGAUUGCCACCAGGUUGGAUGAAAUCGACGAAGGUCAUGAAAGUCAGGCAUCUGACCCUGGAUUUGAUUUCACGGAGUGCAGAACGGUUGAUUGUGACCAGGAGACUAUGGACGAGAUUGAGGAAAUCAUUAAGCAGGCACGUGCGAAUGUAGCACAGCUUGAGAAAUCUUCGCAAGGCCGUUUUGCAGACGUCGGGCAGACUGCAGAAACUGAAUACACUAGUACGAAAGAUUACCCAGCAUCUGUUGAUGGCGAAGACCUUCUGAGUGUUGAGCCUCCACCAGAAAUGGAAUCGAGCAAGCUGUUAUUGAGCACAGAGCUUGAGUCAGGCAGGGUAGCCAGACAUAUCCUUCUUGGCAGAACUAUGAGUGGUCAGUCGUACGACAAUGGGGAGAGGCGGAGCUCUACAUCAACGGCAACAAAUUUCGACACCGAUUCACUGGUGGACAGAGAUAUAGACGGGGAGGAUUCCGAAGCGAAUCCUCCCUCAGAAACAUCGGCAUGGAGCCUGAAAGAAAAGUCUGAUCUCGACCACGACUCGCUCCACGGGUCACAGUCCUCAGCUCCCCAUGACUCUCUACAGGAGAAUCUCAGCAGAGGAGAGGAAAAGGACUCGCUGCAAGAGUUUGAGCAAAAAUCGGGUGACUUGGACUCGCUACAGGAAGAUAACAGGCAGGAUUCCCUCCACGAGACAAGGGAUAUUGACAUGGACUCCAUGAACGGUGAUCACUCACGGUUCAGAGUUGACCAGGCAGACCGUCAGUCAAGCCCCAUCCGCACAACAGAAUUGUCUCCUACCCUCACCAGGGGCGUUGCUGCCCCAGUCGUCGUGGAGCGAAUUGAUACCCUGUGCUGGGUCGAGCAAGGAUCUUCCAUUCCUGAUCAGGGCAUGCUCACUCAAGGAGACAAGGUCCGAGGUGAUAUUAUGGUUUCCAGCACGGACUCACUAGAACCUAGUAGUUCCGCAAAUACUCAUGCAACUUACCAGUUUGAAACAGACUCCGUCAUGUCAUCUAGUUUGAACAGCGUGCAGACUUCUUGUGAGGAGUCGACAAUGGUGUCGAGCACCGACACAUUAGAUCCCGAACCAUAUGCACAAAUGGCAUACGCCCCGCCAGACUCCGCGUCCCAACAUCUCGGCAUGGAUCUUGCCAUGACUAUGAAAGAGGUGGGUGAGAAACUUCUGGAAAGUCCCACAGAAUUUCCCUCUGAACCGCUUGGGUACGGUUUAUCAAGUGAGCUACGCGAAGAAAUCGCCAGUGUCAAGUCGUAUGUUACUAAAGAGGAUAAUGCAACAACGAUCCGUCAAAUGAAACAGGUAGUACACCAGGAAGACAGUAGGCAAGAAAAAUCUGGAGGAGAAGCACCUCCCGAUAUUGAGGAACAGUUCAAGGACUACCUUCGCAGAACAAUGGGAAGUCCGACAGACAAGGAAGAGGUUGAAGAAAGAAAAGCUGUCGACGAAUAUGGCAACGUCACAAUCACACGCAUGGUGAAGCGGCACAUCACUUCCGAGCCGCAGAUCCACGCCCAAACCUUCACGGGGUCGGACGCGGAAGAGAAGACUCGCGAGUUCUUGCAAUCAUUCAAAGAGAUUGAACCAUCCACGGAAAAGGACGAAUAUGAGGGCUUUGAUGCCGAUGGCAAUCCCAUUCGUGUAACGCAGAAAGUGGUGGUGAGACCCACAGUUAAGACCGUGACGUUCAGUGGACCAAAUGCGCGUGCGCAGAUGGAAGAGUACAUGCGUACUCAUAGUGCGAGGGAAAUGUCCUCCGCGGAGGACACACCGACAUCCGACUCUGGUGUGGGCGCCUGCUCCAUGUCUAGUCCGCCCUCUCUAACGCCUGACCCUCACACUUGCACCGACCUUAUGACCACCACCUCGGCGCCCUUGGCUUCUCCUGGGCUUCGCCACCUGCCAGAUGGAGGCCACUGGACCGAGUGUGAGGGUCUCGAUGAGUCUGGCCAGCCCAUAACGACGUCUCGAGUGAUAACAACAAGAACCACCAGGACCAUUGGACCUGAUGGACAGGAGCAGGUGGUGACUACCACUACCACCUCCAUGGCUGGCGAAGAAGACAGUGAUGAACGCAUGCGUAGAAGCAUGCAGGGUGUCUUGGAGAACUUUAUGAGGGAUCAGGGUCCCACCCACGGCUCUUAUUUUGAAGAGAAUGAGGAAUGAAGCUCUCGGUUCACCUUUUGUGCAAAACUUUAGACGACUACUUUGAAUCUUGCAGUUACCGCGGCAUCAGUUAGGUUUUGAAGGCCUGUUGUGCUACGCUUCCAUGUCAUUGGACUCAAACUGCUCAUGGCUUUUGGGAAGAUUUAGCAUUUUCGAUGAAGGCGUUGUUCUAGCAAACACUGGCUUUCUUUUAAGGCAGUUUCUUUGCGUUACCCUUGUAAACUACGUAUAUAUUGAUGGCACAAGGUUGUCACUCUAUACUGCGUAAGCUAUGUGGUUAUACUCUAAAAUAUUCUACCAUACUUAAUACUUCGUUAUUGCUGUAGGAAGGCCUGGAUUGUAGGCAAGCACAGUGCAUGAUUGUGUUCAGGGACCUGCAGAGACAGAGUAAUUUACGAGAGUGUUGUAUCAUGCUCCCAAGUUUUAGAUUUCUUCCUCAUACAGUGUACAUUUAAUGGCUGUUUUUCUUUCGUUCUUUGUUUUUUAAAGUUUUUUUAUGAAGGACGCAUUGUGUUAUUCUAUAGUUGUGAUUUCAGAAAUAGUAUAUAUUUAUUUUACCACAGAAACACACUUUGACGCGAACACAGCCUCUUGCCAUCUGCUUGCUAGUGCAUGAAGUUCAAUGCUUGAAGAUGGCCAUUAUGAGUCGGUGAAAAGAAAUUAUAGCAGCUAGCCUCAACUUUUAUUGCUUGUGUUCAAAUAUCACCUUACUUUAUGUACAUACAACUUGGAAUAUAUGUGACUUUAGUUUUUUUAGCCAUAAGUAUUUCCUAUUCAUUAUGUAGAGAGCGUUACUAUUAGACUUCAAGCAAAUGUCUACAUUGCCAUCUCUUACAGACCACACAUGUAACCGCUCACUGCCUGUCGCAUAGGGUCGUAUCUGAACAAUGAUCUGUUGUCCUCACAAGGUUACAGCGUAGCUUGUCGUCAAGCUCACGUCCACAUGAUACAUGAGCCUCGAGGCAAUACGAUAUGUAUACAUAGGUACAAGCAUACUACUUAUACUCCCAUCUAUCUCAUGACUUUGACAAAACUGCAGCCACGAUUUGGCUGUUCAGUACGAGAGGGCGUAUCUUUUGAGUGCCUCGCUACCGUUGGCCAAGGAAGAAAGGAGUUCACCUUCCAGCGCAAGAAUGUUGAUGAUUCCACCCUGUUUCUCGUUGAAACGUAGCCACGAGGCCAAUGACAUCUGUUUUCUUCUCAUCCGCAAAGUGCUGUACUGUUCCUGUUCCUGCUGUGCUCUGUUGGAGUGCGCUUUAGGUGUGGUCACGCGUCUGUCGAUUGCACCGGCCGCUAGAAGAAACAGCUGUUCUGUAAUAAUGUGCAGGUAUGUUGUAUGUGACCAAAGUCUUCUUGCUUUUUUUUUUCUCCUGUGGAGCAGAACGCUUCCGUUUCCACAUUGCAUGAGCAAGAUGCCCCUCACUUUGUACGGUAUUAACUGCGCCUGUUGUAAGCACCUCGUUUAGGAGUAGAAUUUUCACAGUGAGGGUCCUGGUCUGGUGGGAAAGACUUUGCCAGCUGCCGGACUCUUGCGUGGAUUUUAGCUCGUGGCAGGUGAUUUACGUACUUUGACUCAUGUAUGUUGUCCAUGUGCACGCUUUUGGACUUCAAUAAAAAAAAAAUUUUCUUGCGACA